AUGGAAGCUUCAAAACCCAUACAAUAUCCAUUCAUGUUUGAAUGCUACCAAUUUUUUAUUUUAUCAAUCGUAAAAGCCCUUAAUGUUUUCACCUUCAACCGUAUAAAUACCUCGUUCACCCUUUUCGGCUCCUCAUUGCUUUUCGCUAUAUCUAUCUUUAACAAGAAAAUUGGGAAACAGGAAAGUUUAGUUGGUAAAAACGUUGUUUUACUCAAAAUGAUGUUCGGAAAUGCUGAGGUUAUGCCUGAUUUUGCCCUUCUUGAAUAUAUUCGACGCCACUUGCUCGACGACUUUGAUUCUCCGGUGGCGUCAGUAACAGACUACAAUUAUUCGCCGGAUUCCAACUUCAGUGGAGGCUCCGGGUGGUCGUCUCCGGUGGAUGAGACACCCACUUCCGUGGUCAAGGAAGAACCGGAGAUGGCGUUCUAUGAUUUUCCGGCGAUUCUUGAUUUUACGCCGGUGCCUCCUCCGGCGGUGGAGGUAGCUCGGCCAGCAGCCGUUGAGAAGCACUUCAGGGGUGUGAGGAGGCGGCCGUGGGGGAAGUUUGCGGCGGAGAUAAGGGACCCAGCCAAGAAUGGGGCCCGGGUGUGGCUGGGGACAUACGAGACGGCGGAGGAUGCGGCGGUGGCCUACGACAGGGCGGCGUACCGCAUGCGCGGGGCACGUGCCUUGCUGAAUUUUCCGCAUAGAAUCAACUCGGAUGAACCGGAGCCAGUUAGAAUCAGAAGCAAGAAGAGAUUCGCUUCAAUGGAUUCUUCAUCCUCCUCCACAUCAUCGGAAAAUGUCUCAUCUAAGAGGAGGAAGACGGCGGCUUAAGCAAAAAGAAUUCAUUAAUUUUUUUUUUUGUUUAAUUUGUUAUUUAUUAUUUUUAGCUUUGUUGAUUUGUAGUUGUUGAAUGAACUAAUCAAAAUUGCAUUGGUUUCUUCACAACA